UUGAGGCCAGGAACGAUGGGCCGGAAGCUGGACCUGUCUGGCCUGACAGAUGAUGAGGCCGAGCACGUCUUAAAAGUGGUCCAGCGGGACAUGAAGCUGAGAAAGAAAGAGGAGGAGAGGCUGAGUGAGAUGAAGCAGGAGCUGGCGGAGGAAGGCAGCAGAUGCUCCAUCCUCUCCAAGCAGCACCGCUUCAACCAACACUGCUGCAUCCGCUGCUGCGCGCCCUUCACCUUCCUGCUCAACCCCAAGCGCCAGUGCCUGGACUGCCAGUACAACGUCUGCAAGACCUGCUGCACAUACAACAAGAGCGACAAAGCCUGGCUCUGCUCCGCAUGCCAGAAGGGCAGGGUUUUGAGGACACAGUCCCUUGAAUGGUAUUAUAACAAUGUGAAAAGUCGCUUCAAGAGGUUCGGCAGUGCCAAGGUUUUGAAGACUUUGUACAGGAAGCACAUUAUUGAGAGAGGAGCGCUCUCUGAUCUCCCAGAAAGCAGUGUUCACGAGGGAAGCACUGGCAACGACAAUGAUGGCAGCAUCUGUGGCAGCGACUCUGCCUUCUACAAACAGAGUGAAGGACACAGUAUGGCAGAGACCCUCACAGUCGCCCUGCGUGUUGCUGAGGAGGCUAUAGAGGAAGCCAUCGCUAAGGCAGAGGAGUUCAGUGACAGCUUGGAGAAGCAGAAUGAGGCUCGGUAUCUGAGGGACCACAAAGAGGAGCUCAUAGAGGAACUUGCAACAACUAUUGUACAAAAAAUCAUCCAGAGGAGGAAGCGUUCAGAGAUGCAGACAGAGUAUGACUUUGUCUGGCCUCAGCCUCAGUCCCUGAUCCAGUCCAGUGAGCUGCCCUCCCCUUCACAGCCUCAAUCUUCUUCACAAGGACCACAGAACCCUCUCAAGACCUCCUACUCCCUCUGGCGGUCACGCUCAGCUUUCUCCCUUACCAGCGACGACUCCCCAGAGAAAGGUCCAGAGGACGAGGGUGCCGGGGCUGGCGGUGGCUUGCAUGAGUACGCCUCUCUGAAGAGGGAGGGCAAGGCCACGUCUCUACCCAGUUGGAAGAGUGUGGAUCGCCUGGACAACUCUAGUGCAUCCUCAGUUCUCCAGAGUCCAGACGGUAACUGGAUUGCUCUGCACAGCUCUCAGCUGUCUCGGCCCAGUCUGCUAACUAAGAGGAAAAGCCUGGUGUUCAGUGUGUUGGAAAAGGAAUCCGGCGUCGUCUCAGCUUACGACGAAAUGGGAUCCAAUUCUGAAGAGGACGAUGAGGGUGGCUGGGGAGCAGCAUUGAGACAGUUCAGACGCAAACUGUCUGACGAGACUUACUACACAGACUCACAGCACGACCCAGAGUGGACAUACACCCAGCACCUCCCCAUCACCUCACCGUCCUCUGGUCAGUACACCAACACAGAGACUCUCAAUUCGGACUCUGAGGCCUCAUCCGUGCUGUCUGCAUGUCCUCGCAAACCGCCUCACAACCUCCUGAGAAAGAAAGGACCUCCGGACACACACCUGCACCCUCACCACCAGCCGCUCUACCACCAACACCAACACCAGAACUUCUCUACAUAUCCGCUCCUUUCGGAGACACUGGAUGUGAACUUUAACCCGAAGGUAAUGGGAGACAGCAGCGAGGCAGAGGAGAGGCAGAAUGACCCCAUCAGAAGAUCCCGGCGACGCAGAAAAAGCAAGAGAGAGUCGUCAUCGGAACAGAGCAGACCUGCAGGCCAAAACCCCCCACAGUCCCUCUACCCCUUGGUGCAGGAGAACAGUGGUUUUCUACUCAAUGCCCUGCUGAAGAGGGGUUUAAGUGAGGAACAUCCAGUACCUGACACUUUGCCAAUGGCCCCAGCUGCACUAGACGCCUUCAAAGUAGAUGCCAUGACACCUGAGCCAGAAGAUUUGGAAACAGUGGCCCCGAAUUCAGCGGCUCCUAGCCCUCCUCAGCCCUACUCUCUGGCUCCGGGAACCGAGCACUCUCUCAGCAGCUUGGGGCCUGGAUCUGGCUCUGGAGACCCUCUGGAGGAGGAACUGCGAUGCAGACUCAGAGAGCUGGUCAGCCGCGCCAACAGCAAAGACAGCAGUUCAUCUGAAGAAGACUGUGCAAAGUGGCCUGCAGAUAAACAGAUGGAUAAAGAAUGUGACGGACAAAGAGAAAAGACAAAGUUGAAAGAUGCAGAAAGGCAGAGGGCAAGUGAUAGAUUAAGAGCCAGCAGUAAGGAAAGAGAGAAAGGAAGUGAAAUAGGAGAACAAGUGAACGGACAAGAGAUGUCAAGACGUGAGAGGCUAAUAAAGAGUCCAUCGAUGAGUGAAGAAGGAAGAGUUAGGGAGAGGAGGUUACAGAAAGGAGUAGAUAGUUUGGAAGAGAAAGUAGAUGACCAGGAGCAAAAGAGAGGAGACAGAAGAGAGGGGAAUAGACAAAGUAAGAGGCAACAUAAAAGAGAUAUGGACAAGGAAGCAGGACAGAAAGGGGGUGGAUGGAGGAGCGGAUCCAGUGCAAGCACGCCUGCUGUUACACCAUCUUCCCAGGAGGGAGUGCUGUCUGACAACCAGGAGCAACAGAAUGACUUGGAGCAACAGCAGAGGCUUCAGUUGCUCUCCUCUCUCUUACAGCAGCAGAAGUACUCGGCUGCCUCUCUCUGCAGCAUCACCACCGAGGUGCUGAAGGUUUUGAAUGCCACAGAGGAGCUGAUUGGUGAGGCGGGAGGUGAUAGCUACACCCCGUCUGAGUCCAUCAGUGUUUCCCCCAUCUCCAGCAGCUCUGAGACCCGCAGGCUGGACCAGAGGCUUACUAAGAUGGAGGAGAAUGUGUACCUGGCUGCCGGUGCUGUGUAUGGCCUUGAGGGGGCACUGGGGGACUUGGAGCAGUGUGCCCGCAGUAUUAGCAGUGAUACCACAGACACAGAGCUGGCUUUCCUGGAAGACCAGGUGGCCACUGCAGCUGCUCAGGUCCAGCAGUCUGAACUACAGAUAUCAAACAUUGAGGCCAGGAUAUCAGCUCUGAAAACAGCUGGGUUGAAUGUGACUGUCUGCAAUCACUUCUGCAAGUCCAAGCCAAAGCCUCAAACCCUGGACUCAUCACGCCAUCAGAGGAGGAAGCUGCCAGCCCCUCCACUGAAAGAUAAAUUGGAGCCAGAGCACCAGGUGAAAGUGUUUCGGCCGUAG